UUUGCACGACACUGUGAAGUUCCACUAGUACUGGGGAUGCACACUUGCCGCAGCACUUCAAGAUAUAUGCGAUGUCGAUAAUUCUUGUGCAGGAUAACCCACUUAUACAGUUACUUAUCUGUGAGGAUAUCAAGAUUUUUCACAUCAAGGCGGAAACAUUGAAUGACUAAUUACUCCGAUUUAGAUGAUGAAUGACCAAACCGACACCCUCUCCCUCCAGACUCCGCCCACUUCAGAAGAACCCUCUUCCCCUGUGUCUCCUGUUGUACUCACCUUUCGUACAACUCUCAUUACCGUCGUUGCCAUCUUCAUAGUGGCUGGUAACAUCUUCUCCAUCGUUGUUGUGCGGCGGAUCAAAGACUUAGCCGACAGCACAAAGAUUCUGAUGACAUCCCUAGCAUCCAAUGACUUUCUUGUUGGUCUGUACGCUAUACCGUCUAUCGUGGCCUCGGCACUAGACCGUUGGCCCUUCGGGGACGUCGUUUGCAGAAUCCAAGGCAUCGUAGCUUUGACAUCGGUGACUUUAUCUGUUUCUCUCAUCUGCAUGUUGAAUUUGGAGCGCUACGUCGCCGUCACCUAUCCAUUUCGAUUCCCUGUUUGGUUCCAGAGGCGGUGGGUGUUGGCUGCUGUGGCAGUAGCGGUCAUUCUAUGCACAGCUCUUGUGGUCAUCCGCAUUUGCUUCAUCAUGCCCAUGUCUUACAUCCCAGCUAGCGUACUGUGCAUCGGUCAGCACGGCACGGCCGUCCUGGAGAUCAUUGUGACUAUUGUCGUAGCAGUGGCUCCGGUCGUCAUAAUGAUCAUUAUCUACCUGCGUCUCAUCCAGAUCAGUCGCCAGCACGCACGGAAAAUCAAAGCGCAAGCCGGCGGACAAAGCGGUCAGCAGAGAGACGCCCGCCGCCCAGGGUCGGAUACCAAGGCUGUCCGGACUUUUCUCGUGGUCACCCUCUGCUUCGCCUUUUGUUGGGGACCCAUCCAAGGUUCUCGAGCCUGUGCAGCCGUGUCUGGUAUCUCCCUACCAAACUGGCUGGUCUUCGUUACGACUUGGUUGGCUGCAUCCAACAGCUUCUGCAACGUCUGCAUCUAUUAUGUCUUCAAUGCAUCGUUCCGAUCUGAAGCAAAACGAACACUUGAUAGGUUUCGAUGCAGCAAAUGCACAUCUGUUGGCCCGCUGGAGACUUAA